AUGGCUUUGAUUGGAUACUUGAAUGAACUUGAGUGGCAUUUUAUUAUCGAAAGAUUCGCGGGCUCAAAUUCAAAAUGGCGUUCAAGCAGAGGUGAUUUCGGAAUCUCUUCAAAGUUUGUUUCAUUUCCAAAAAAUCAUGUUGAUUAAAUGAGCGACAUUUAUUUUUGUCACAUUUAAGGUUGUCUGAGUUCAGGUCCGCUCUCGCUGCGAAAGAGAUUGAUCUUAAACAUCUCCGAAGACUUUGCUUUAGCGGUAUGUUGUGAAUAAUUCCUAUUUAUCAUGAUGAGUGUUGUGGUCACAUCACAUUAUCUGUAACUUAUCCUGAUUAGAUGUGUCAAUCUCCUAUUUCUAUUUUGCAGGAAUUCCUGAUGGAUCUGGAAUUCGAUCGGUGUGUUGGAAGGUGAGCAGUGAAGUUUGAUGAUGGACUCACGCGAAAUUUGCGUGGCUUCGAUCAACUCAUCAGCUAUUCUAACAAUUUGUGGAUUACCUUGGAAACCUUUGGCAGUACAAAUUAUUCAUAUUCUCAACCAUCAGCUUUUCGAUGGCCUUAUUGCAUUAGGGUUAGGGUUAGGGUUAGAUAACGUUUUUAUAGGGAGACUACUCUUGAUUUGUCUGUAUAUUACGAGUUACUGAACUUGGACAUGAAAUUGAAAAGUGGAGAAGAGGAACCCAAGAAGCAUGCCAUAAGGAAGAUGGAUACUGGGAGUUCAACUUUGAAGAACUCAUAGCUUGCAAUGCACUUUCCUUUGUUACAGUUGAACCUACUUGAAGCUACAAUAAGUGGCACCAUAUUAAGUAGUCAUCCUGUAUUAAGGAGCAGUUGUUUAAGUCCCAAGAUUGAUUCACCUUUAAGUACUUUAACUUUCACCUCUAAUGAGAGUCACCUCUUAAAGGUGAAACCAUGCACAUUUUAACACUAUUUUCAACAAACAUACCACGAUUCUUUCACAUGCUUCAUGUGCAAUAAGACUUGGCAAUGUUCCAUUUCUUUGAGAUGUUAUAAUUGCAAUGUAAUAAUAAGAUGUGAGAUGGAUAUUUAGGAGCUACAUUCUAAGGUGAUGUAAAAAUUUCAAAGGAAUUCUUUUGAAUUCUAUAGUUCUUCUUCUCAACUAAGUGAAAAAAGUCAGUAUUUGUAAAUAUAUAACAUACAACAAGGACAGUACAAGUUAUUGACCAACUCCAGUUAUGCUGUUGUUGGAUAUUUUCAACACACAGCACAGAACAUUUCAAUGCAGGGAAGUCCUUUUUCCAUGGCAGCAAGAAUUUCUGAGUUCGACCUUCAUAUCUUUUUACUUUUUCACUGCUGUUUUUUUAUCUUUGGGGGUUCAGAUUCUCUUUUACUGCUGACAUUUGGUAGGUCAAGUAAACUUGCUAACAUUGAGUACACUGACAGUGAAAUGAGUACACUAACAGUGAAAUGAAGCAUGUGAACUGAGUUUAUUUCAUACAGUUGUUAGGUGAUUCACAUGGAAGUGUGAUCACAAGUGUCACUCUCCAGUGCUCUUAAGCUACAUAGUAAUUAUGUUUGUGUUUGACUUUAAUUUAAAGCAAAAAGAAACAGAGAGUUUUGGAAAACCAGUUUAGUUUACAACAUCAAGAGAUGCCUGGGCAACCCAGAACUCAGUUGAAAAAAUUGUCCCCUAAAUUGUUAUUGUCCAGUGGGACAAGUACUUUUGAUGUUCCAUUCUUCCAAGAUCAAAGCAUAGAUAGCUGGGACAGGCUGAUGAUUGGAGAUUUUUUUUCCCUGUGCCAUGUUGAAAUUUUACUAUUAGAAUUUUACAGCACCUUGGAAUUUUUUUGUCCCCUAAAUUGUUAUUGUCCAGUGGGACAAGUACUUUUGAUGUUCCAUUCUUCCAAGAUCAAAGCAUAGAUAGCUGGGACAGGCUGAUGAUUAGAGAUUUUUUUUCCCUGUGCCAUGUUGAAAUUUUACUAUUAGAAUUUUACAGCACCUUGGAAUUUUUUUGGCCUGACAACUAAUUGUGAAAUAUACUUAUCAAGUGCUUUAGUAAAUGAAUUGAAAUUUCAAUGUUUUGUUUUACCAUUGAAGCUCCUUUUAGGUUACCUUCCUCCGGAAAAGGAUCUCUGGCCUGAGACACUCAAAAGACAGAGGUUAGCUGGCUAUUUUGUUACAAUAGUAUUAUGAAUGAAAUCUCUAUGGACAGGAAUGUAGCAUAAAGUACUUUUUCCUAGAUUGAGAUAUGUCAAGUCCUUGUCAGACUAUCUGCUUACAUGUUUGUUAUACAGCUGGGCCAGGUUGUUGGAAAGGGGGCUACUGGUAAUCUAGGAUUUAAAGUUAAACUUGGCUCUAAUUUCUCAUGUAGAAGAGCAUGUUCAAGAGCUACAUGUAAGAUUUUGUUGAGGUUUAUCUCAAUAUGACAUUAGAAACUAACAGAAAAAGAUUAUAAAAGAAAAAUGCCCUUGCAAAGCUUUUAAACUAAAUAAAUUUACACUAACCCUGGGUCAGGUUAAUCAUGUUUUUUGAAUAACCUGGCCCAAAUCCUUUAGCUCAUUCUGAUAAACAAUUUUAUUUUCAGAUCCACUUACAAACAGUUUGUUGAAGAAAUUAUCAUUGAACAAUGUAAAGGAACAAAGUCUGGAAAAGAUUCCAAGGAAUUUGAUGUUGAUCAUGUAAGAGACCUAGCUGAAAUGAUAUUCUUUAAGCAAUACAAUCCUUUUUUUAUACCAUACUAUCCCUGUAAAGGAGAAGCCUUUUAUAAAACUCUUCCCCUCCCACACCCCUCAAAAAACAUGAUGAUGAUGAAAAACAUAAGGAUCAUGAUUAGGAAAGGGAAAUGUAUGCAACAGUGGUUUUAAUUGUGUUCCUCUCCCUAAGCAUAUUUAAAUCACUCAUGCAUAUGAACUAGAGCUCUGUAGUUCAGUGUAUUUUUUUAGUUGUUUUUCCUUCUGGUUUGACAUUGUGUAUGUCUCUUUUGUUGCUAAUGAGCAUAAUAAUGAUAAUGGUGUUUAUGCUGCCACAUUUGAUGAAACAUGAAAAUUUUAAUCUUAUUAUCUUGAAAACUCACUGAUCAGUGUGCUCAAAUUCUGUGUAAAAUUCAUGAAAAUUAAUUGGGUUUUUUUUUCAUUUGAUCACUUGCUUUAUCAAUAAUAUCUGUCCAGAGUGGCUCUGAACAUGAUACAUAGUUUUUGCUAAGUUCCAAGAUCUAAGUCCCCACAGUCAGAACAGUGCUGUUCCACAGUCAUCCAGACAGUCAGUCACACAGACACAGGUUUCCCAGAAAUAUCAAAUGGCUGGGAAAACCGAUCACUGACUCUUUUUUGUGAUAUAUACUCAGGAGGAACUCUUGAAAAAGUUUUCAAAAUGGAGACUUAUCCAUGUUUUGAAAAAAUUCACCAGCAGUUGUAAAAUGAGGUUGAGUAGACAUUUUUAAGAGACUUGCAUGGUUGCUUUGUUUCUUGUUACCAGUCUCACACAUAGUACAUUCACAGAACUGAUCACCUUAUGUGGUUGAGAAAAACUUCUUGUCUGAUUUGUUGAUCAUUCAAUGUGCAAUUCAAGAUGUUUGCACACCAGCUGACUGACUUACACUAUUCACUUCAUUUGUUAAUAAUGGAAACAGGACUUUGUGCCAUCCAAUUCUGUGUUAAGUUCUACAAGUGAUUAACAAAAUCCGGAAACCACAAAGUGGGAGUCCAAUUUGUUAAUCAUGAGUAUGAUAACAGACAGAAUUGGACGAGACAUAGUCCUGUUACCAACUAUUCAUAACCAUUACAAUUUCUGAAAAAAAAACCUUUGAACAAAUAUCUCCAGGGGAAGCAAUGUCUAAAUUUAAAAGUUCCUCCAUUUUGGAAAUUCCCCAGUUUUUCUGAAGAUAAGUGGUUGUUGCUUUGGUUAUUGUGAUCAGUUCUGUGAUUGGCAGAUUUAGCUGAGUGGCCUAAGUUGGCUGCUUCAACUGUCCGAUUACAGCCAACUGUACAAUUACACUGUCCGAUUACAACUCUACAAAUUAAUUAGUGAAAAAUUAAGAGGUUAGUGCACCAUUCACAUUUGUGGAAAUUGUAAUGGUUAUGAUUGAGGAUGUUUUUGUUUUAAUUUAUAGCCUUUGAAUCCAAAUCCUGACAGUCAGUGGCUUGCCUUUUUUAAAGACAACGAAGUGCUGUUGCAAAUUGAUAAGGAUUGCAGGUAUUUUAAAAAAUUUUUCAAGCAUUAAUUGAUCAGAAAAAAAACAAGGUCUUGAUUAACUGGUAAAGAAAUUCUAGCUCAAAUUAUCUGCAAUUGGCUGGUGUGCUAUAAAUUUGGAGAAUCCAAGGGGCUAUAUGUAGUCUUCAUAAUCAUUUUCAUUGGAACAGAAACUUCUAUCAAAGUAGAGGGUAAUGUUAAACCAGUCUGGUCCAGAAGGUAUGAAUUAGUUCAUCCUGAAUCUCAUAUGGCAUUUAUCACUUUAUAAAGGUAUUAGGUGAACUUUGUUGAGCUCUGCUGCAAAUAUGUGUCUCCUUUUGUCGAGGUAGGCAUGACUAUAAUAAAUUGAUAUGAGGUAAGGAAGGGGCAAUCAAAAGUGCUGCAAAUGAACCAGUUCAUGAAGUGGAGUUCUGUUGCUGAGAUUAGUUCAAAUAAGUUAAUGAUUUAUUUUAUUUUUCCUAGAUUUCAGAACAUUCAACAAUCCUAAUAUCUAACUGAUAAUAUUAGUGACUCAUCAAUGUCUAAAAUGUUUGUGAAACAUUAAUUGGCUAUCAUUUCUAAACCAUCCAUUGAUUACUGAAUGAUUACAGUCAUGUUACUAGUAUGUCUCGUUAGAGAUACAAUUGGUGAAAAUACAAGGGAAAAACAUCUUAGAGCUAAACUGUAACAAUGCUCUGAGUAUUGUCAGCCAAAGGGCAAAUUGACUGUUUUAAUAACAAUAGGCAAUACUCACAACAUUGAUUUAAAAGUUCUCAGUUAACAGAUUUUUUUUCCUAGGAAAGUAAGUAUAGGGAUGGAGCUUGUGAGUUGCAUUUAAACCAGCUAUGGUGAUAGGGACACUGGUUUGUUUACUCUUUGAGUGAUCCCUUUAUUUUUUUUUUCAUCGUUGUUGUUACAGGAGGCUGUGUCCAGAUAUUUCCUUUUUUCAAAUAGCCACAAAGUAUCCUAACAAGAAAGUCACAACUGGUAAGAGAGAGCCUUUUUUAACUUUUAAGGGUUUAAUCCAGCAUAUUUCUAAAAACAUGGGCAAAGAAACAAAGAAACAAUCAAACAUAAGGCAAUAAGAGGAAGGCUGUCAGCACGAAACAAACAAAAAAUGAUUGAGUAAUUUUAGAGAAGUCCUUGAUAUCUAUAGAAGAGUACUUUCUAGGUCAAAUGUUGAAUUCUGGUUUUCAAAAUUGAUUGGUCAGUUCUGCUGUGAUGUCAGAAGGACUGAAACCUCCAGGUGUAAGCUAUUGACAGUCAGUUGAAGAAAACAAAGAAAUACAUGAAAAAAAAAUGUUUUAAUACAACAUUGACUGAAAUAUAAUCUAUACAGACUAUUGCUAGAAUUUAAUUUGGAAUUUAUUUGUGCACUUCCAGAAUUAAUUAAUUGCUUUCUACACAAUGAUAUAGGUUGGGACAUUUCAGUCGCUUUAAAUUUGCUUUUAUUUGUAAAAGAUACUAUUUGAUUAACAAUAUAUAAUAUCCUGAUAAAUUAGGAGAAGACAGAGAUUUUGAAACCCUGAGGGAGCGUGUCUUGCGGACCCAUCUAGAGGCAUCUCAUGUUAAUACCAACAGAAGUGGACUCAAAAACGUAAGAAGAAACAGGCCAGGUUUUAUUACAUGAUGGGUGAUAUAAGGAUUCAAAAUUCAUAAUUUUCUGCGAUAAGAUUUAAACUUUGAUGCCAUGUACUUUAAUUUUUAAAUAAUCCUUUCACCACCGAUUUCUUAUUGCCUGCCAAAGAAGUUAUUUUUAAUUAAUUAAUGAGGAUUCAAUAUGGUUGUACUAUCCCUUCUGAAAUAGUUUACAUUUCUAAAAUAACAAAUUACAUCCUCUGGUAAUCUUUUGAGUCUGCUGCAACUUGUGUGGAUUUUUUUUGUUCUUGCCACAUUUUGAUGUCAUGUAAUUAUGAUUUUUUACUGAACAGAUGCAUGACAACACAGGAUCUAUUUGCUACUUUGAGUUAAGAUAAAUAUAUGUUAUUUGCCGGCUGGGAGGUCCAUAUGGUGAAAAACUGUGACCGAGGUCUUGAAAAUACUGCCCGAGGCCGUAGGCUGAGAGCAGCAUUUUCAAGACCGAGAUCACAGUUUUUCACCAUACGGACCGACCCUUAGCCGGUAAAUAACAUAUUUAUUGUUUUUAAACUUGACGAAAUUCUUUCCGAGAGAACCCGAAUGACUUAUGGCCAUAAAUAUGGCAAGAUCUUCCAUAAACUGAACAAUUUUUGAGUGAGUAAAUGGUAGUUAAAAUAGAGGUGAUGCAAAUUUAAGAGAGAUGCCUCAGCGAAACAUUUUCAUUUCCGUAACAAUAAAGGUGAUUUAAAAGGCUUCCAAACAAACUUUGAAACAUUAUCUUCACAAUCAAGUAUCUGAAAAAAAAAAAAAAAAAUCUGAACAGUAGUUUGGCAAGGACUGUCACGACAAUGUUUUCUUAAAAAUCAGUUAAUGAUCUGAGUAAAUUCAAUUUUAUUUUGAAGUUGUGAGAAAGUUUGUAAAUUCAAUUUUUAUUUUGAAGUUUGUUUGCUGUUUGUUUGCUGUAAUGGCGUGUUUAACUCUGAUCUUUCCUUCACAAAACUAAAUUCGAAUGGCACACUCCAACGAGACACAAGGGAAUUUAAUGCAGCCUUUUCUCAAUUCCUUCAAUUUCUGUUGUGUAAUUUAAGGUACAAAUGUCCAAAUUGAACGGAAUUGGAAAGACUCACCAGGAGCGUAUAUUUGUUGUAGAACUUAAAUUAAAACUUCGCUCGCUUUUUUUUUACUAUGAACAAAUUGCUCAAGAAAAUUCAGAUAUUAAAUGAAUGAAAGUUCCAUCGUUCAGUUUAACUGUAACCAAAUACCUCACGUUUCAACUUUCUGGGUACUUUUUGUGAACGAUUAAAAUUAAUUGCAGACGGUUUUUAGGCCGCUUGUCAACCAACAUAAUGACACUAUUGUUUAUACAAAUUCAUUCUGAAACCAAUAUUUUUCUGUCAACCAAAGUGAUUUGAUAGAGAGAAAAGGGAGGAUUCAUAAGUUAUUUAUCGGCUUGAGGUAAUGACCGACAUGUUUGCUUAAAAAUACUGCCCAGCUGGAAAACGAGGUAUAUUUAUGAAAAAUGACCACGAAAGUAGGGAUGUACUCGGCGACUCACGAAAGCGUUACCGUGGCCCAUGGGCAGAGAUAGGAAAAUACUGACUGGGUAAAGAACCAAUCAGAUUGCAAGAUUCGUUACCGUGCCCUCUAAAAAAACAAUAAAUUUAGAUAUUGAUUCCACAAUUAUAUUGAAAUAUUGCUUCAAAGAUGGUAUAUUUUCUUGUUUUAAGUUAUCUGCACCAAGGAAAAUAGCCCCAGAGGAAUAUUUUGUUCUUGGAGAUGGAGAAGAAGCACAUUGGGAGGUAAGGGAGCUCUUUUCUUUAAGCCUGUUUCCCACAUUGUUACUGAUAAUUGCCAGCUCACUUGGCUCAUUCAAAUGUACAGUUGUAGAUGGUUUCUUGAGUUAUUUUCACUGAACUUCAUUUUUAAUGUAGUCAAAUUGUUCUUCUUCAUACAUGUCACAAUGAUGUAUUUUUAAGACUCCAUUUUUUUUGUAUUGUUGAGAUUCAAAGGUUGGUAUCAAUCAACUGAAACUCUGCUCUGUGUAACUGUAAGACGCCUGCACUUGAUAAUCAAGUUUUAUGUAUUCUUCGUUUUUGUGCUGAAUUUUAUAUUUUAAGUUCUCCAAAAGUGUGGUAGUUAUAAUAAGGUUACUGAUAAAAAAGAUAUAUAUUUAGUUUGAUUAAAUUGCAUAAAAACCUUUAAAAGUUGUCUUGAGUAGGAUUCCAAGGAAAAAAAAUCACAAUCACAGUCUACAGCAUUGAUUUGAAGUUCCAACCUUCCAAUUUUGAAGCAGGAUGCCUCACUAACUGAGCCAAAAAAAUGUCUUUUCUUUGCCUUGGCCUUGUGGAAUAAAGUUUAACAUCUACCUUAAUUUGACAUCCAAGGUCAAAAUUUACCAUCUCUCUAAAUUUACUUGCAAGGGUAAACUUUCCCAGCAGAAUGCACCAGGCCUGGCUAGCUCACCAGUGACUUGUUAGAUUUUUCUUUUCCUAAACUCAUGACAAAAACACCUUCUGAGAAAGAAAUAAUUUGCGUUCCAUUAUUCUUACUAUCGUAACUUUUUUUUGAGUCUCAUAAAAUAGGUCAUUCUAUGGCAAUAUUCAGCACAUGCUCUUUUUUCUGGGCAAUUGCAUGUGCAACAAUUCUUACAAAAGGAUUUACAGUUUAAUGACAUCAAUUCAAGUGAAGUAUUAUGAUAUCAUAUUAAUGGUGUAUGGUUAUAAAUUUCAGGUUGUAGAGAGAAUAUUAUAUGUUUAUGCAAAACUUAAUCCUGGGUUGGGUUAUGUUCAGGUGAGAAAAUGUUUCACAACAUUUGACACUAUAUUAAUUAAAACAUAAUGAUAACACAUGCUUCUUUCUGAUAAUGAUUAGAGAAGUAAAAAUAUCCCAGUGUUUACAGUGUUCAAUGUAAGCCGCUGAACUCAUUGACAACUUCUACUAUAAGCAAUCUUUGACCAAUUGCAGUCUAGUAGUUGGCUAUUUACAACAGAGUUUUCAUAAAGAAAUAUGGUAUAAGGAGGAAAGAAUGAAGUAAGAGCAGAAUAUUCUUCAUGCCUGAGUAAGAAAGAGUUCAAGUCAUUGAAAUUAAGCUAGAGAAUUAAUUAACUCCCAAUGUACAAUGAGGACCUGUUCUUUUAUUAAGUAACGUUUAUUUGCUGUUGUGGAUUAUGCUUUUUCCCAGGGUAUGAAUGAAAUAAUUGGACCACUGUACUAUGUUUUCUGUUCUGAUCCCAACCUAGAAUGGCAAGGUUUGUCAAUAACUGACUUUUGACCUUCAAUCUUUUGGCAACCUUCUUUUCUUUAUAUUAGAUACACCACAUACAAAAAUUAAUGGCACUAGUUGAUUGAAAAUAAAUGGUCAAAGUGAUUUAUUAGUUUAUGUCAUUGUAGUCAUGUGUUACUGACUGUACCAGUAAAUCAUGAUUAAGCCGUUGACUGUUGUUAAUAGAUUAUUUGUCUCUGCAUUGUCAUUUUACAGAAAAUGUUGAAGCAGAUGCAUUCUUCUGCUUUACAAAUCUGAUGUCAGAGAUUCGAGAUAACUUUAUCAAGACUCUGGAUGAUUCAGCUUGUGGUAUAGGUGAGUUUAGUAGCCUGUUACAUGUUGGCAACAAGCAUUUAUCCAUACUGAAAUAGUAUUUUCAGAGAUUUUUUCCAAUUUAUCUCCAUUUUAUCUUAAAAUGAGAAAGUGUAUAUUCCUGCCACCUUUCAGGAAACUUGAUGAAAAGUGUUCGAAGCAUGUUGAAAGAGAGAGACAUCAUAUUGUACAGAUACCUGGUAAUUAUAACUUAAUAAAUUUGUCCACUGAUCACAGGAGUUAGUUCUUUAACAUAAAAAAAUGAAAUAGGGGAUAUUUUAGCUAUGUUAAAACUAGCACCUUUCUUUGUUACAAAAUAUGUUUUGCUGUUUCUAUGCUUCAAAGUAUAGGAAAUUCAAGCAUAGACCUUCAAACACACCUCUUUUUGAAACUCACAAUGCAGUGAAACAGCUUUUGUAGGAUAUGUCAUUUCUUUGUGUUUUCAGCCUUUACUUACCGGUACUUCCUCCAAGUGUUGUGAUUUCAAGAACAAAUUCUUUAUGAUAACUUGAAAUUUACUCUCACUCAGAAGUUGGCAGACUGGGGUGUGGGUCUACUGAACUAAGGGUGGCCCUACCAAGAUCAUAAUGAAUGGCAGGACUGUAUUUGGGAGUGAAAUGUUAAACUGCCUCAACUUUUCCUCCUCUUUGUUCUGAGAAUAUUUUCUAUACAGUGAAACUUCUUGACAUGUUUUCUUUGCAUCUUGCUAUUUAGUUCAACAAGAAUUAUGAUGCUUAAUUACAACAGUUAGCAAAUAAAAGUGAACAAUGUAAUAUAAAACCAUGCUAGAUUAUAAAUGAAACUCAAAUCCCUCAUGAAACUUUCUAGAGGUAGUACAGACUUAACGUAGCACAAUAGAGAUGUCUGCUGAAGACAGGUUCAUUUACAAUGAAAGUGGGAGGAAAAUUUGGAAAUGAUCUACUUCCACUAUGAUUAGGGGUUUCCAUGUUCUAUAAGGCACUGUUAGUGAAGGUUUAAGUGAUUUUUAUGAAGUAUACAUCUAUUUCAGGAAGAGCAACAGAUGAGGCCACAGUUUUACAGUUUCAGGUGGUUAACAUUGCUGUUAUCUCAGGAAUUUGCCCUCCCAGGUACAAGAAAUAAAAUCUAACAAAUUUUUGCUUCUAGGAACUUUCCCUCCUGGAGACCUCCCUAAGUGUCUUCAAGUAAACUCUAUAUGUGGGUUGUGAAUUUUGGGGAUUUUUGGUGGUUAUAUAUUGAACAAAACUUGUGCAACAUGACAGAACUAGUCAUUCACAUAAAGGAAGUGUAACCUUUGACAUUCAAGUUAGAAAAAAUAGUCUGAAACCUCAACAUUUAUUGUCUUUCACUUAACUUGUUUACAGGUUAUGCUGAAAUGUGCCAAUAUAUGCUGAUUAUCAAUUGAAAUUAAGUUACUUUGUUUAACUGCAUUACAGAUGUCAUCAGGGUGUGGGAUUCUCUUUUUGCUGACGAGAAACGUUUUGAUUUCCUGAUUUAUGUGUGCUGUGCAAUGCACAUGUGAGUAAAUUAAGUAAACAAUGUUAAUUCUUACAGAUGAUGAUACUAUAACUUUUGUAAAUCGUGUGCAUUAUCUUGAGUGCAUUUUUAAAGAAGUGAGUAGGACUAACAUGAGUGUAUACUUUUUUUAGGGUGAUAAGGGAUCAACUUCUGGCUGGUGAUUUUGCUACAACUAUGAAACUUCUGCAGGUAUUAAAAAACACUAAUAAAUAAAUAACAAAAAAAAAUAAUAAAUUCCACUGUUCUUGUCUUUUAACCAACCGUCAAAGCUACCCACCAGAUUAAUUCUGAUAUUGCAGUGUUCAUUAGAUAGCACUGUGUCUCCUGGUAGAAGUUCUCUGUUAUCAACUUUUGGUGGUGUUAAUUACUAAUUUUCCAGAGUCUAACAGUUUGACUCACAGUUGAAUCACCAUCACAACCUUUAUGCUAGUGGUUAAAUUUCACUUUGCAGUAAUUUAAACUUCUUUUUUUACUUGUUUUAAGAAUUAUCCAGAUAUUGACAUUCACACAAUACUCUCCAAAGCAAUGGAUCUCAAACGUCCAAGAGUUACGCCACCCAGUCCUUCACAAACACAGCAAAGACAGAAGGGUGGAUUUCAGUUUAAGAAGAGAUGACAACUGUUUCUUCUGAAUAUGUCAGUCAAGUGUUGGAAGAAUUAGCAUUUAAUAAUUAAUUUGUGAUUUUUAAAGAUGUUGAAAUACAGUCCAUCAGUGGUUUUUUUCAAGGGUUUCCUACAAUUGUCAAAUCAGUGGAAUCAAUUACCUUGUUGAUAAUUUUGUGGGUUUUUAAUUUUGCAAAUUUUGCAACUGAAAAAAAAUCACAAAAUUUAAAACUGGCAAACCAAAAUGAUCCCGAAAUUAAAUUUAAACCCGCAAAUUUUAAUCUCACAUAUAGACUUCAAAUAACAGAUAAAAAUGAUCAGCAUGUAAUAUAAGAAAAAAACAUAUAGGAGAGCUAUCAACAAAUACACAAGUUAUUAAGUUAGUUCUAUUUGUAUAUUCUGUCGUGAAGUGACAUUAAUUUGCAAAGAUUUUGCAUAUAAAGUAGAAAAUGUAGCUAUCAUCUUCAUCUGAAUGGCUAGAUUCUUACAAAUUCCUUAGAGUAUGUUUUAUGCAGUCAUCAAAAGUUGACAUUUUGAAAAAUUAAGAGGAGUUGAGAACCCUUGAGUCACAAAAUCUAAUGCCUUUUUUGUAUUUGCCUAUUUAAAUCCCACAAAAAAAAAUCCUGCACCAAAAUGCCAAAAUUAGGUUGCAGUUAGGUACGUGGAAUGUACAAUCAAUCAAUCAAUCAAUCAAUCAGAGAAUGUUGUUGUGAAUAUGCCUUUUAUAUGAGAACGGCUUGGGAAGGGUGAAGGGUGGGGAAUGUAGGCUCGUUUGAUUUUUAGACUUGUGGUAUGAUGAUCUACACCUUUUGAAUUCACUGUGGGGAAUAUGUAGUUACUUACUUUAAUAUGUUCUUACAUAUUUUUCAGAGAUCUUGGGCCACUAAGGUUGACAUAAGUAGUCCUUGAACUGGCUUCAACUCUGUUUUACACUCAAGCAAAAAUGAUAUUCUAAGUACAUGGUAAAUCUGUUAAAGAUGGUGGGGAGGGAGGUUGUUGGUACCUUGGAUGUGAUAACAUUUCUUUGAAGGAAAGUAAAAGUUAUCUUGUCAUUAACUUCAUGUUAGGGAACCUAUCCUUUCAAGCAUUUUAUUUUGAUCCCUUUUGUUUUUGUUUUUAUUUGUUAUUUUCUAAAAUAGGGUUGUUUUGGUGAGAUUAUCAUGUAUGAUGCAGUUGAGUAUCAGUCUAAUACUUUUCAAUAUGAUUUUAACAACAGGAUUAUGAUGAUCAUAAUUGUCCAGAAUUGAUUAGUACAAUUUGUAAUCAAAUCUUAGUAUUUUGGUGCAACAAUACUAAUAUUAUGACAUUCCAUCGCAUAGAAUUAUUUAAAUGUGUUGUUGGUAGAAAAGAUUUGGACUUUUCCA